AUGAAAGUAGAAAACCAGACCGUUGUCUCUGAAUUCCUCCUCCUGGGACUCUCUGAACAACCAGAGGAACAGCUUAUUCUUUUUGGGUUGUUCCUGGUCAUGUACCUGGUCGCUGUGGUAGGAAAUCUUUCCAUCAUCCUGGCCAUCGGCUCUGACUCACAUCUGCACAGCCCUAUGUAUUUCUUUGUGGCAAACCUGUCCUUUGCUGACAUCUGUUUUAUCUCUACCACUGUCCCCAAGAUGCUAGUAAAUAUCUGGACCCAGAGUCAGACCAUAUCCUAUGAAGGCUGUCUGACUCAGAUGCAUUUCUUCAUGACAUUUGGGGCCCUUGAUGAUUUUCUUCUGGGAGUUAUGGCAUAUGACCGCUUUGUAGCCAUCUGCCGGCCCCUCCACUAUGCCACCGUCAUGAACUCUGGAAUUUGUGUUCUACUACUAGCUGUGUGCUGGUUUCUCACCAACUUGGCUGCCCUUUUACAUACUUUCCUCAUGGCUGGCUUGACUUUCUGUACAGAGAAUAGCAUUCCCCACUUCUUUUGUGACUUGACUCCUUUGCUAUCACUCUCCUGCUCAGACACCAGCACUAACCAGCUGAUGUUGUUUGUUGUGGGAUCAAUAGUCCUCACUGCUCCCCUAACACUCAUUGUUAUCUCCUAUGUUCGCAUCAUCUCUGCCAUUCUAAGGAUACCGUCUACCUCUGGACGGUGGAAAGCCUUUUCUACCUGUGGUUCACAUCUCACUGUGGUUUCCCUAUUCUAUGGGGCAGCUAUUGGGGUCUAUCUGUGUCCACCAUCCACACAUUCUGCUGGAAAAGACAGAAUCGCUGCUGUUCUUUAUACUGUGGUCACUCCUAUGUUGAACCCUUUCAUAUAUAGCCUGAGGAACAGGGAUAUGAAGGGAGCUUUGGGGAAACUCCUCCUUAGUAGGAAAGCAUUGUCUUCUUAG